CCAUACCGUAUUUCUUACGGACCUAAAUUGAUGUGAUGUUCCCCCAACAAUGAUCCUUUAGGUUUUUAUUCCAAUUUUAUUAUGCGUGUCAGAAGCAGAGGCCUUUCCCAUUUGGUAUGGAGAGGAACUCGGAGUGACAGAAACUCAUCAAUUCGUCAGCCUGAAAUGUACGGAUCAUCCGUGUCGGGAACCAUUUCUACACCCUCUCUCAACACUAAUAAUAACACCUCUCCUGGGGGCCAAAGUCGUCGUGGUGGGUUCAAUGAUGAAAAUUCUCGAGUGAACAGUGAAAAUUCUCGAGUGUCAGCUUUGAUAUUGGAAGCUCAAAAGGCCAAAGACAACCUUUGCUCCAACCUUGCCGAUACCAAUAAUCAAUUCCAAGACAGACUCAGUUCAUACACAAGACCAACAGCGUCGUGGAAUUCGGUGGGUAGUAGAAGUGGAGGCGGAAUGACCAUGGCUGAACUAGAAAAAGAGAGACAAGAGGGGAACGGAAGCAAGAAAUUGCAGCAGGAAGCAUACCGAGCUUCGUUGGAAAGACAAGUUGAGCAAAAAAGUAGGAGAAUGGUUGAAGAAGAACGCAAAUUAAAUACGCAUCCUUUUGGACCAAAUUAUGAACAGCCAAAGCCCAGCUUUUGGCAGACCUCCAAGAGAGCAAGACCUAACUGUCCAGAAGAUAUUCCCAUUCAGAAGCGAAUCUUGGCACAGAAUUCCUCAACAAAAAUGACGGAUUACAAGGUGCCAUGUAGUCGAGUCGCACAAGCUCGUACAAACUUGAAAAAUUCUCGGAUAAGUCCAGACACAUACCGCCACGCUUCCAAGAAUGCAAGUAAUGCUGUAGCUUUUGCUGGUGGAGACGAUGGUGGAAACGAGUAUGCAAACUUCACAGGCCCGUCACAACAUCACUUAUCAAGCCCAAGUGGCAACAACUUCCGGGCACGAUUCUGGAACAAGUCUACCGGCGGUAUCAUGCGUCCCCCACCCGUGAACAACUAUGGAUAUAACAUGACAAUGGGUCAUGUUCCAUAUCAAGAAGUUCAGCAGCAACCUGGGCCCCAAUUUUAUCCACCCCAAAUGCAAAAUAAUCAGUUUCCUCUUCAUCAGCCUCAAUUUAUGCCCCCUGGUUACCAACAGUAUCCUGCUUUUCCUGGACCUUACCCCUCACCUUAUCCUCACCCAUCGCUAGGGUAUUAUCCUCCUCGCCCCCAACCACCGUCAUCAGCAGGGUAUCAAAAUAGGCCACCAAGAGGGAUGAUGAUGGACCCACACAGCAAUCGAUAUCCAUUUGCUACUCCACGACAGCAAACUCCGCAUCCUAAUCCUAAUUUUUAUAAUCUCAAUAACCCUGGUUCUUCAAGAGCAGCCGAGUCGAGAAAUCUCGAGGAUGAGCACAUUGAACAAAAAGUUGCUGAAAUCCAAAGACAAAUGCAUGUUGAAGAAGAUGAUAAUAACAACAACAGUAACUCUUCCGCCUUGGGGUCUUAUCAUGACGGAAAUGUGAAAUCAAACCGAUUAAUGCCCACAAAGUUGGAUGGUGACACGUUGAGGAACUUUGUAGAGGAGAAGUUGGCCGAUCAAAAUGUAGAUUUCGACGAAUUAAGAGAACUUGUUUUCGGCAGGCCGAAUAACUGGAAGACUUCAGAUACUGCUGUAGACUUGAAGCCACUCAAAGAUAUGAUCAAUCGGGCAGAGUUAGCUGAGCAAAUUAAGAUAAAUCAGAGACAAAAAGCCUUGCAGGCAGCUCAGGACAGAGAAGAGGAAGAAAAACUGGAAAGAAAAAUUCAAGAAUAUUACGAAAUUCAGAAAAAAAGAGAACAAAAUGCAGAGGCGCAAAAAGAUGAAUGGGCUCGCCUGCACAACAACAAGAAAGCCGUGAGCAAAUAUUUUAUCGCAGAAGCAGAUUUCCAACACAAGCCUAUUACGAAACCAAAGACAACUUUGCGAGAAUCGUUUACAACACAAAUACGCCCUGAAAAUCCAGAGGUGUCAUUGGCUAGAAAAAUUCGACACCGGAGCAGAAGUGAAAGUCGACCUCGAGAGUCAUGGGACAAAUUGGGGGUAGGCGGAGAUGAUCAUGAAAAGUCGUCUCAAUCUAAAGAUGAGCAGGACUAUUCUUACGUCAAGUACAUUGAGGAGUUCCAACGACAGCGACCCACAAGUCCCCCAAUCCCAACUCACCUACCAAAAACUAAUGAAGAUACCCUGCGGGGAAAGCUGAAUAAUUCAACCUUCUCGCGACCCCGACUCAGUCCAAGCAUUCUUCGAGCAAAUGAAUCCAACCUGACAAUGAUGAGGAGGAGGAUCGACGUAGAGCACGAUCUGAAAACCAAGUUUUCAAAUCCUAGUUUCUAGUAAUUUGAUAUCAGCGUGACUGCGUUACAUGUACUUGUGGACCUGACUAUUUGUGCUUUAAAUGUGUGUCCCAGACAAGAAACCACAUUAUAUGCUUGGAUAAGCGGAUAAGCCUUGACCUAAUAAUUUUUGUAGAUCUAUAUUGCGUCGUAAAAAAUGAGAACAUGUAGAUAGAUGAUUGAUGAAAAAGAUAAAGACCUAAAGUGUUUAGUGCACAUAUUUGAGAAAAACUAUGAUUUUCUCUCAUUAUUUUUACUCGAUUUCGAGUCCCCCAUGAAGUGAAAGUUUUGCAAAAUAAAUGGCAACAUCAACCAACCAACGCGAUUUUUACGUGUCAAACUCGCCCCCUAGUUCAAUGGGAAAGCACUUUCUCCCCGGAAUCUUGUUUUUCCCGUCCAGGAGGCGCGAAGACGGGCCCGCUUCCUCAACAACAAAGACCUCUCCAAUAAAGCUUCUUCUCUUUCUUCAGUUUCA